AUGAAGGAGUUUGCUUCCUCAUUCCAGUGCGAUCUGGUAGGCUCCUGUAGCACGUGCAGCUUCCCCUGCACCAAGGUCCUGCAGUAUGAGCGGCUGCUCCGGCAUCUGGCACCUGCGGUUUGGGUGACUUCUCUAGCAUCUGGCUCCUGUAGAGCACGCAGCUUCUCUAGUGCCUGGUUCCUGGAGUGCACUGCGACCAGCAGCUUCCUCUGGUACUCCUGGACGAUUUGGCAGCAGAAUGCCUCUGUAGAAGGUGUGGCUUUGAUUUUACCUGCAUCCAAUAAAUCUAUGAGAUCUGAGAGGAAUACAUAUGUUGGGAAAAGCUUUGUUCAUAUUAAAAAUCCUUACCUGGAUUCUCUGGAUGAAGACUUUCUCUAUCACUUGGGUUUAAGAACAAAAACACACAACCUAUCAGCAAUGUUUGGGGAUUUAAAGGAGCUUGGAUAUGAGGAAAGUGAAGAAGAAAUAAAAGACAUCUGUGCUGGAACAGACAGAUAUUGCGUGUACAAAACCGGUCCUGUGCUCUCUGUCAGCAAUGGUAUGGGCAUUCCCUCCGUUUCUAUUAUGCUUCAUGAGUUCAUUAAAUUACUUUACCAUGCUCGGUGCUGUGAUGUUACCAUUAUCUGAAAUGGUACAUCAGGGGGAAUAGGGAUUGCACCAGGGUCUGCUGUCACGGAUAGAGCCAUAGACUCCUUCUUUAAGCCCCAGUUUGAACAGGCAAUCUUGGACAACAUCAUCACCUGAGGUACUGAAUUUGACAAGGACCUGGCUGAGCAGCUAUUCAAUUGUAGCAAAGAAAUCCUCAACUUUCCAACCCUCAUUGGACAUACAAUGUGUACCUAUGAUUUUUAUGAAGGCCAGGGUUGAUUAGAUAGAGUGUUGUGCUGUUUUUCCAGAGGAAAAAAGUUAGAUUACUUGAAGGGAGCAUAUAAAGCCAGUGUCAAAAUUGAAAUGGAAUCUACAGUGUUUGCAGCCAUGUGUGGACUUUGUGGUCUAAAAGUUGCUGUGGUCUGUGUGACACUUCUUGAUAGACUUGAAUGUGACCAGAUCAACUUGCCCCAUGAGGUUCUGGUAGAGUACCAGCAACGACCUCAGCUCCUGAUCUCCAACUUCAUCAAACAAAGGCUUGGAAUCUGUAGGACACCCCUCCCCUCCCCUGUAAGUCUGUAGUUCGAGUUAUAAAGUUGAAGUCAUAUAUUAUUUGUGGCAUUUUCAUAUAGUUCUCAUCCAUAUACUAAAAUCAUAAUGGAGUGAUUUUAUGAAAUCCCUUUUUCUUGAAAAGAUGAAUUUAUUGUAGCAGGUUUCAAA